AUGCCUCGCUCGGAAGAAGCUGAAUGGUGGGCUAAUGCCGUGUAUGCCGCUAUCCAAGAGAUCCCCGCCGGCAAAGUCACUUCCUACGGACAUAUCGCCCUUCUUCUCGGCGAACCCCAACGACCACGUCAAGUCGGGGUCUGCCUCAAGUCCCUGCCCAAUGCAGAUACCGGUGCCCAUUUCAACUCCAGUAAUGUUCCCUGGCAGCGAGUUAUUAAUGCUAAGGGGAUGAUAUCUCAUCGAGGCCCUGGCAGCGCUGAGCGCCAAGCAGAAGCGCUCGGGCAAGAAGGGGUUGAGGUCACUAGGGAUAGUAUGGGGGAGAUAUACGUUGAUUUCUCGCAGUAUGGCUGGUUUCCAAGUAGGUUACCCAGUGAGGAAGAGGAGGAGAAUGAUGAACAGUUGUUCGUGCAGGAUUCAUAG